CUUCAUUGCACCAAAAGCCGAGCUUCCAGAGCUCAAAAGCUUCCACAACACCAGCCGACAAAACCCGGCAUAGUUGUCCGUCACCGCGCUCUCAGUGCAAUCAACAGUAUCCGAGCACUGAACCUGUCAAUGGAGCACCACCAAUCAAACCCAUAGACCCUUUGCACAGACACACAUUCGACUGUGGGCUUGUAGCAAAGCAACGACCUCCCGCGCCCCGGCGCAAACAGUCAAAACGCAACUCACAUACAUCGAUUCACCAUGCAUCGCCUCCUCCUCACCGCCGCCGCGCUCCUUACCUCCCUCCCGCAACCUGCGCACGCCGUCUUCCGCGACGAGGCCGGCCAUGUCGACUACCACCACCUGCUCCUCGGCCUCCCGCAGCGCGAGACAACCUUCUUCCACCGCCCGCGCCGCGACGACCGCGCCAGCCUGCUCUACACGCUCAGCGAUGUCGGAAUCGUGGGCGCGGUGAAUCCCGGGAGUGGGGAGGUUGUCUGGCGGCAGGAUCUUGUCGGUGGUACAGACAGGAAGAGUCGAGAUGGUGGCUGUGCGGUAGAGGGGUUCAUGCGGGCCGGGGAAGGCGAGGGGUGGGUUGUGAGUGCGUAUGGCAGUUCGGUGCAUGCCUGGGACGCUGUGAGCGGGAGGAAUAAGUUCUGGAUUGGGGUUGUGGGCGACGGAGGGGUGGUGAGGGACCUGGAGGUCAUGGAGAUGACGGAGAGCGGGCCGGGGAGGAAGGAUAUUCUGGUGCUGGCGGAGGAUCACGGUCGCGGGGAGACGUUGUUGAAGAGGUUGAGUGCCGAGGAUGGGAGUACCGUGUGGGAGCAUAGGGAGGUUACCGGUGAUGUCCCGCUGCAGGUGAGCACCAACGUCGAGAAGGUGUUCGUCGUCAGCUUGAAGGGGUUGCGGGGGGCUUAUAACCUCAAGGUGUCAGUUCUGGAUACGCUCACUGGGAAGAAGGUGGAUGAGCUGGUUAUCGGCGCAAAGGCGGAUGUGCAUGGCAAGGAAGGGGUGAUGUUUGUCGGGGCCAACUCGGCUGCGCCGGUCGUGGCGUGGACAGACGACGCUCGCAAGACUUUGUGGGUGAAUCUGCUGGGGACCAAGACAAGACAGGAGUUUCCCCUGCCCCCGAACACGAUUGCGGUGGAGAUCCAUGCGCCGCACCUGGUGCAGUCGCAACCGCACUUUCUGGUCCACAGCAAGACAGCUGCCGGACACCGUGGCGACGUCUUCCAUGUCGACCUCAAGACAAACACGAUCUCCAAGGCAUACAGCCUGCCGCUUCUUCCUGGUCCGGGUUCGUUCUCCACAAGCUCGAAUGGCGCCAACGUCUACUUCACCCGCAUCACCGAAGACGAGAUCAUAUUGCUGUCGUCACAAUCACAUGGCGUCCUUGGACGCUGGCCCCUCAAGAUGGGCAAUUCCACGGCGGUGGCCCUCCACGGAGUUUCCGAGGUCAUCAAGAAACCUGGUUCUGAGGAGAGCUACGCAGUUCGGGCGGCGGCCGUUACUGACAUGGAUGAUUGGAUGCUGAUUCGCAAUGGCGAGGUUGCCUGGACCCGUCCCGAAGGAAUGACUGGCGGCGUGGCAGCCACGUUUGCUGAGAUACCGGAGAGCGAGGACCUGGCAAGGUCGCUUGAGGCUGAAGCCCACAGCAACCCUCUCGAGGCCUAUAUCCACCGGGUCAAGCGCCACAUCAGCGACCUCCAGUACCUUCCGGCCUGGAUUGACAGCAUCCCUCCUCGCAUCAUGAGCAGUGUUCUUGGCAAGGAUGUGGCCUCGACAACUGGUAAAGUCACGCGCGAUAGCUUUGGCUUCCACAAGCUGGCUGUUCUGGCCACCAAGCGCGGAAUGAUCUAUGGCCUUGAUAUCGCGAACAAUGGCAGGAUCGUCUGGAACAAGAGGGCCUUCAAAAUGCCGAAAGGCGCGGAGUGGAAUGUCAAGGGAAUCCAAGUCCAGGACUCGACAGGCCACGUCCUGAUUCUCGGCGCCAAUAAUGACUUUGUUGUCCUGAAAGGGGAUACGGGUGAGAUCAUCGAGGCUAAGGGGCCGAGCUCCGAGGCCACGACACAAGCCACCGCGCUUGUUGAUACAUAUUCAGGGCAACGCCUCAUUCGGAUCGGCCACGACGGCAAAAUUGGCGAGAUCCCUGUUUACCAAGCGCCCAGACAGACGGUUGUGACGCGCGGCGCAGAUGGAGGGCUUAAGGGCGUCGUUUUUGUCCCGAACGGUACAACCUCCUACGAGUCCGUCUCUUGGACCUUCGCCCCGCCACAGGGCCAGAAGAUAGUGAAUAUUGCUUCACGCCCAGCCCAUGACACCGUUGCCUCGAUCGGCCGUGUCCUCGGCGACCGCACGGUCAAGUACAAGUACCUCAACCCGAACACCCUCGUUCUCGCCGCCGUCAACGAUGAAACCAGCACGCUCACAAUUUAUCUUCUCGACACCGUCUCUGGACAGAUACUUUUCUCGUCCAAGCACGAAGGCACUGACCUGACCAAGCCCAUCGAGUGCGCCAUGGCCGAGAAUUGGUUUGUCUGCACCUACUUCGGCCAGUACAAGCUGCGCGACAACGUAGCGCAGUCUCUAAAGGGCUACCAGAUUGUCGUGAUGGACCUUUACGAGAGCGACGAGGUCAACGACCGCGGCCCGCUGGGCGACGCGGCUCCCUUCUCCUCCCUCGACCCCGUCGAUGUCCCAACAGGCGGCGUCAUUCGUCCCGCGGUCGUCUCCCAGUCCUAUGUCCUCAGCGCACCUCUCUCGGCGCUGCAGGUCACCCAGACCCGGCAGGGCAUCACUUCGCGCCAGGUGCUCGCCUAUCUCCCCGAGUCCCACGGCAUCGUCGGUAUCCCGCGCAUGGUCCUCGAGCCGAGGCGGCCCAUCGGCCGCGAGCCCACCCCAGCCGAGGCCGAAGAGGGCCUGAUCAAGUACCAGCCUGCCAUCGAGAUCGAUCCUAAGAGCGUCAUCACUCAUGAACGGGACGUUCUGGGCGUCGAGAAGAUCAUCACGGCGCCGGCCAUUGUCGAGAGUACUAGCCUGGUGUUUGCGUACGGCGUGGACGUGUUCGGGACGAGGGUCGCACCGAGCUACUUGUUCGAUAUACUCGGCAAGGGGUUCAACAAGGUGUCGCUGGUGGGGACCGUGCUGGCAUUGUUGGCGGGUGUGGUGAUGCUCGCUCCUGUGGUGAGGAGGAAACAGAUUAAUAUGCGGUGGCGGGCACCAAUGUAAACGUCUCCUGUGUGAUAUCGAGAAGGUAUGGAUAGUACAUGGAAAUAGACAGAAUCUAUGAUCAAAUCUCUUUGGAAUCGAC